AUGAAGACUGGCUGGCUAUCCCUAAUUUUGCCUCAGGCACCCGCCUGGACGUCAUUAGAAAAUAUGGUUGGCUGGAUCCGUGGGGUCGCCCAGUCACCAAGUGAAGGAGACUACGGUGUCCAGUCACCAAGUGAAGGAGACUAUGGUGUCCAGUCACCAAGUGAAGGAGACUACGGUGUCCAGUCACCAAGUGAAGGAGACUACGGUGUCCAGUCACCAAGUGAAGGAGACUAUGGUGUCCAGUCACCAAGUGAAGGAGACUAUGGUGUCCAGUCACCAAGUGAAGGAGACUACGGUGUCCAGUCACCAAGUGAAGGAGACUAUGGUGUCCAGUCACCAAGUGAAGGAGACUACGGUGUCCAGUCACCAAGUGAAGGAGACUACGGUGUCCAGUCACCAAGUGAAGGAGACUACGGUGUCCAGUCACCAAGUGAAGGAGACUAUGGUGUCCAGUCACCAAGUGAAGGAGACUAUGGUGUCCAGUCACCAAGUGAAGGAGACUAUGGUGUCCAGUCACCAAGUGAAGGAGACUAUGGUGUCCAGUCACCAAGUGAAGGAGACUAUGGUGUCCAGUCACCAAGUGAAGGAGACUAUGGUGUCCAGUCACCAAGUGAAGGAGACUACGGUGUCCAGUCACCAAGUGAAGGAGACUAUGGUGUCCAGUCACCAAGUGAAGGAGACUACGGGGUCCAGUCACCAAGUGAAGGAGACUACGGUGUCCAGUCACCAAGUGACUGA